AAAACAGUUAGACUACGCUUGACGCAACCAGGGCCUGCAAAGGGGACGAGAAGCACAAAUUCCGCUUGCGCUGUUAAAGCCCAGUUAUUUCGUUUGUCAUGGGCAACCGACAGAGAAAAAGGAUCACGUGGGUUCCUGACAUCCGUUCCGCAGCAAAAAAUGCGUUCCGCUCGUGCUUUGUUGAAGUCACCGAAAAACGAACAGUGUGAUUGGGUCGCCGGGACACCAAAAACGCGGGAGAAAGCAGCAAGACAAGAACCGGCGCCGCUCGGCGGGUCAACGCAAGCCUGCCGCGCGAAAACGCAGUCUCGAGGAUGCGCAACACAACAGAACAGGCAGCCGUCGCAACAUCCGCAUUUACUGGCAGUCCACGCUGGGGUGUAUGUACAGCGCAAGUUCAUGACCGAGCACGUAAACCUCUGUGGCAGGCGGAGUAAAUCGCUUGGUUCAAAGCAACGGCUGCGCGAAAGCGUUUUGAACGCCGUUUCGCUCUGGACGAACUCGCAGCUGUCGAAAGUCCGAACACGCUACCGCUCUGGGCUUGCAAUGGCGGCGACCUCGGCGGCGUUUAGUAGUCGUCCGGCUCCUGCCGCAACCGUUGCGAUGGCACACCCGACGCUUCUGUCUCGUAGUGCAGAGCCUGUUCACAACCCGCUUCAGGUCCGCCGCCUAGUUUCCACGUGGCAAUCCCGUGCAAUUCACAGCGGGCCCUCACUGAGCAGAACUGCUGUGGAAAACGAAGAAUCGGUCACGGCUGUCAACUGCCUCAAUGUGUGGUGCUGAAAUAUUUCGUGGAAGUGCAGUUUUACUGGCAACUACAACCGGGGCCGCCCAGUCUAAGACGGUUCUCCGCGGGUGCACGAUAUA